AUGUGGAAGAACAUCAGUCGGGUGCACGCGGACGUGUACCGUCAACGGAAGGCGGAACGGUGUGAAAACUUGGCGCAGAUCACCCACUACCGGAAGUCGCCGCACUAUUACUCGGUGGAUUGCGCGCAGGCGCACAAGGGCCUGUUCGUCGGCAUACUGUUCUUGGUGCUCACCAUCAUCUCGCUCAUACUGUUCUUCGUGCUCAUUUCCCGCCCGGAGCUCAUCACGUUUGCCGUCAUGGAGGUGAAUGUCUGCGAGCUGUCGCUGUACGGCAUGACCACGCUGGCCACCAUUGUCGGCAUGAUGCAGGUCAGGCAGCUCAAGUUCGACGGACUGCGGAACCUCGAGCUGGACAACAUACUGCUGGUGGGCGCGCAGACGGGCACGUUCAUAUACAGUACGUUCACGAUAAUCAGCGGCCACUUCACCGAGGAGAACAACACGAUCCUGGUGCUGAUCACCGCGUCCGCGUCGCUGGUGCAGACGUUCUGCCAGACGGUGUUCAUACUGGACGCGUCCCGGCGGUCGUGCGUCACGCCCGACCAGAUACGCAAGAAGCCCGGCCGGGAGAUCGUCACGUUCCUGUUGGUCAGCAACCUGGCCAUGUGGGCCAUCAACACGCUGGAGAAGUCGCGGGCCGACUCGCAUCCCAUACAGCUGCACUUCUACGGCCUGUGGGCGUGGACCAUAAUCACGCACGUGUCCAUGCCACUGGCGAUAUUCUACAGGUUCCACUCGACCGUGUGCCUCUGUGAGAUCUGGAAACGGUCGUACAAGAUCAAACCGUCGUACAUGUGA